GGGUGGUUAGUUCGCCAGUCUUCAGUGUGCCUUACAGUAUUAUCAGAGCUGGUCACCUACACAAUGGCUGUUCGCGUACUCAUUUUAUUGGCUCUCGUGGCUUGCAUUCAAUCCAAAGUGCUGAAUUUAUCGUGUCAGCAAAUCAAGAAGUUCGUGGAUGGUCACAACAUUCGCCGGCAGCAGCUGGCCAAGGGCGAGAUUGGGGGGCAACCAGCUGCUUCUGAGAUGAAGUUUAUGAUCUGGGAUCACGAACUGGCAGCUAAGGCAGAGAAAUGGGCUUCUGAAUACAGGGAAUCGCACAACCCAGACAAGAGUGUUGGUUCAGGCCGUUGGUCCGUUGGCGAGAACCUCUACUGGUACUCCAUCACUGACUUCGGCUACAAACUGGACGCCAAUCUGGCGCUGACCGCGUGGUUCGACGAGCACAAGGACUACACGUACGGACCCCUUUCCAGCAGCGACUUCGGAGGACCAAACCAGAUCGGGCAUUACACUCAGAUGGCGUGGUCAGACUCAACUCAUCUCGGGUGUGCCAUCUCACAGUUUAACAUGAGCGGGUGGAACAAAUUCAUGGUGGUCUGCAAUUAUGGACCAACUGGCAACUACCUCGGUCAAAGGCCUUACAAGAGCGGGAACCCUGCGGGACACCUGAUCUGCACCGUGGGCGACUGCGGGCGGGCAUACGGCGACCACUGCUAACCUACCAUUAAACUUAGCCUUUAUUAAUACUGUAUAAAUUAGCUAUAGAAAAAAUAUAUAAAUUAUGACGCAAA